AUGUUUUAUUUAUUCUCUGUAGAUGAACAGAAAAUUAAACCAGAAAAAUCGAAUGCCUCUUCACUGAUAGAAUUUAUCCUCCUGGGUUUUUCUGAUGUCCCCACUCUCCAAUGGGUUCUGUUUGGGAUAUUUUUGAUCAUGUAUUUGACUAUUCUAAUGUGCAACAGUACUAUAGUGCUCAUAACAAGAACUGACCCUGCUCUGCAGACCCCUAUGUAUUUUUUCCUUAGCAACUUUUCUUUUGUGGAAAUAUGUUAUGUAACAGUCACAAUUCCAAGGAUGCUUGCGGACCUGUGUACUCAGAAAGGAAAUAUCUCUAUACUUGCCUGUGCCACUCAAAUGUGUUUUAUCCUUAUGCUUGGAGGCACAGAGUGCCUCCUCCUGACGGCAAUGGCCUAUGACCGUUAUGUGGCCAUUUGUAACCCUCUACACUAUUCUUUAGUCAUGAACCACAGGAUCUGUGCACAGUUAGUGGCAGCCUGCUGGAUCAGUGUCAUACCAGUUGUGAUUGGACAAACAUACCAGAUUUUCUCUCUGCCUUUUUGUGGCUCUAACAGAAUUAAUCAUUUCAUCUGUGACAUCCCACCAGUACUCAAACUUGCUUGUGGUGACACAUUUGUGAAUGAAAUAGCAGUCUACGUAGUUGCAAUGGUAUUUGUCAUGGUUCCCUUUAUGCUGAUCAUUUUCUCCUAUUGCAAAAUUAUCUGCAGCAUUCUGCAACUGUCAUCAGCCAAAGGAAGGACCAAAGCUUUCUCCACCUGCUCCUCUCACCUCAUAGUUGUAGUCUUAUUCUAUGGAACAGCUGGUAUCACAUACUUACAGCCCAAGCCAAAUCAAUCAGAAGUAACUGGGAAAUUGUUGUCUCUUUUUUACACCAUUUUGAUACCAACUCUGAAUCCCAUUAUAUACACUCUGAGGAACAAGGACAUCAUGGCAGCUCUGAGAAAACUACUCAGUAAGAUUCUAGUGUGA